GAAUUGGGCCCAGUUGUCAGUAAGCUGGGAGGCAGUAACAUGUUGGUCACCCUCACCCCCGCCUCCCCACACCCACACGAUUGACCUGCGCCAGACCUCCACUACUUUCCAAAAGGCUGUGUUUGAAGUUAUACGGGUUCUUAUGGGUGUUUUUACGGUUGUUGGUGAAAGACUAGCGAUAUUUGUUCAUUAUCAACAAGGGAAACACUCUUGAGAACCCGGCCAAUCAUCUCUGUGGCCUUUGGUAUUAGUCGUGGUGAGAGAGCAAAGCGCCAGACCAACUUGCAACUAUUAUGCCGAUACACUAAAUAGUACAUAAGAGCGUGGAGUGACCGCACGCCUCUUGACGCUUCCUGAGAAAUGAAAAGCAACAGCCACAGAGAGAAAGGUGAAGCGAUGUUUUGAGAGGACGGACUUAUUAUUAGCUUCAGUAAAUACAGUGAGAGUGAAGAAAGGUGGCGACGGGAGGAGAGGAGAGGAGAGGGAGUCCUAAGCACUCACCUUUGAGAAGAAAAGGAAACGUAACAACACAUAAAAAAUGCAGUCUACGAACACAUUAACAUGGAGAGCCGUGUUUCUGGUGGUGGUGGUGGUAGUUGAGGGUCUCGGGGUGCAGGUGGCCGCCUCUUACUCAACAUGUGUCAGACCCAUGGCGGCGCCGGAGUGUGAUUCGGAUUUCGCCAGAACCUCUGAUGUGGACGACAAGAUAGCCGGAGGUCACGUAGCCGAGCCAGGGUCGACGCCAUGGUUGGUUUCACUGAUGGACACUCACUACGUGGACCCAGUGCCUUUCUGCAGUGGCACCCUCAUCUCCAACCGCUGGGUUAUCACAUCAGCCUCCUGCGUCAGUAGUUACAAGGACAAAUAUGACAAUAUAAAGGUCGUGUUGGGAGAAUACGAUUUGACAGUGAAUGAGGGCUGGGAGAGGACUCGUUGCGUUAACUACAUCGCUCUCCAUCCAGAUUAUGACUACUACUCGCACCACGCAGACGUCGCCCUUGUCCGAUUAAGUUUGUACAUCUUGUACAGCCAGCGCAUAGGAACUCUGGAACUCCCUCCAUGGUGGCAAAAGGAGACAAAUGACCCACAGGACGCCUUCACCAGUGGGGGUCAGCUGUACACCAUUGCCGGCUGGGGCAGGAUUGGUGAGAGUGGUGAGCUCUCCCCAGUGAUUCGCGUCGCCCAGGUACCUUUACUCUCCCACGAGGAUUGCAUGGAAGUCUACCCGGAGUUUGCAAACACCAUCAUCUGCGCGGGGAACCUGACACACGGCGGCCUAGACUCCUGCCAGGGCGACAUGGGCGGGGCGCUGGCCAGAGACGGGUACAUCAGAGGCGUGUCUUCCUUUAGUGUGGGGUGCGGGCGACCUGGCUACCCCGGCGUGUACACAGACGUGACCCAAAUGAUGGACUGGAUCUGUUCGCUCACAAACCUGCUGGCACUCUGGUCACUUGACAGAAUACCGGCGUGUCAGUAACAGUAACAAGGAGGAGCGAGGGAAGGCACGGAGGAAGGGCAGUGAUGAAGGCGACUUCGGACGAUUAUAGUUCAUAGGAGGUAAUACAUGCACAGUACAAGUUAUGGUUUACAUAGGCGUAUAGUAUGCGUUGAUAAGAUUUAAAUAAAGUGUGAGUGAAGGGAUCGGUUUGUAAGAGACGCUUCUGCUCAAUAGAGAGAUGAUUUACUUCACUAUGAGACAAAAACCAAGAUGUAAUUAAUAAAGUCAUCUAUUCA